CAACGGAUCUUUCGAUGCCCGUUUUUUUCGUGGCAAUUGGGUUCAUCCUUCUUUAAUCUCCCCUUGGGUUAAUGCAAGCCUCGAGAAACCGUCUAUGACUCUGGUUGGGUUUCUGUGUGUUUCCUUUGUCAGUGUCGUCCACAUUCUUCUGGAGACUGCGGACGCUAAAAUCUGCAUGCUGUCAGGUACCCGAACUUUCAGUGUUGAUCGUGCGAUGGUCAUUGGCAGGGAUCAACAAACACACAGGACUGGAUGUUUUUGGAUUCAGUGUGGUACCAAAACAGAAUGUUCAGGCUGUGCAAUCCUAUAAACGGCAUUUGAUGAACCGAAAGAGGACGAAAGAAUACUCAACAGUUAAACAAUAUUACUUUUCUUGCUCCAAAUAUACUCUCAAUCGAGAGUGAAGAAAGGAAACAAUAGAAGACAACGUCAGAUGUGUAAGUUGGUGGAGUGGAAAGUUAUCGUGAGGGGCUUCUUUCAAGCAGACCAAGGAAACAAUUCCCACUAAAACGGCUUCUUCGGGUCCUUGGGGGUCAUGAUCCUACCAUUCUCAGUCUAC